GUUAAACUGUCGAGCUACUAGCAACUAAUGGGAUUUUGAGAAGUCAAUUUUUCACCUUGUGCUUUUAUUGUAUCGGUAAAAUAUACGUGAAAUAUGCAUCCACCGCUUGCUUGUUCCACUGUGGUUGGAAAUUGUAGUUCUUUGCCGUAAACGGAAACUUCCCAACCAACGUCAUCAGUCAGUCAUGCAGUAGCUACUAGCAACACCCCGCAACACAAGUGGAAGCCUGGUAAUUCGAUAUAACAAGUUGAAAACAAGAUGUUAUCAAAAUGUAAACCUGGUCGUUAUUAGACGUCAUCAUUUGCGAUUUGUAUUAAUGUUGCUAAUUAGCGCCGCUUUUUGUACUCACUUCGUCCUAAUCGUGUAACGUUCUCAGUUUAAAUGAGUGAAGAAGUUCUCUCAAAUACAUCAACGAAUUAAGCUUUAAAAAGGCAUGGCGAAGGUGACGACAGAGGAGGACCUCGUUUCGGAGUACCUGACCCAGAACCGAGAGUUGGCCCAGUGGGUCGACACUUUAAGAGGCUACUGUGAAAACAACAAACAGUGGUUUGCUCGCAGAGAGUUCAUCCUUAAAAACAUGGACGCUUACCCUACAGUGAAACCAGGAGUCUCCAGUAACAGUCUGGACAGGCUGCUGUCUCUCUCCAUGGUUUGGGCGAACCAUGUUUUCCUCGGCUGCAGCUAUCCGGAGGCUGUCAUGGACAAAAUUACAGAGAUGGGUGAAGGAAUAGUUGUCCAAGAUCGUCCAGUUCAUAAAACUACACGCAAGGAAAAGUCCAGUACCCCGUUAGGAGCGCCCGAUGACAGCUGUGCCAAACGAGCCCGAUACGCUCCUAAUGAGACCGACGGGCGACCAGGCGGGAAAACAUCCACGCGAACUAUGAGUCAGAAAUCCGGGCCGGCCCAGCAGGCUCCUGCAGAGCACCAGCCUUUCUUCAACCGCCUCUACAAGGCCGUGGCCUGGAAGUUGGUAUCGGUGGGAGGGUUCGGCCCCAAUCUCGACCAUUUCGAAAUACUAUGUAGCUGCGUGGAGUCAUGUAAGCAGACCCUGACGUGCGUCUUUGUGCCGCUGAAGGACAUUGUUGGGCUGCCAGCGGCUCGCACGCAGAAAGAAGGCCACGUGUGCGAAAUUCGCUGUCAGACGGUCUACAUGGGCACAGGCUACGGGCGGGACGAGGCCGCCGCCCGAGCCAUGGCUUCCAAAGAGGCGCUGAAAGUCUUCCAAGGCAGAAAAGUGACAGUAAAGAUCGCCAGACGACGGUACAAAGGGAGGGAAGUGGAGGAUUUGUUGUUGCUGGAUGAGCAGCCUCGGAGUCAGGGCUUCCCACCCGCGCUCAGUUACCCGUUUCAGGAUGAGUGUGCGGGAGAUGGUUCUUUAUAGACGGGACCAACUUGUAAUUUCGGACCUGCUGGAAUGGAGCGUCUACUGAAUGGAGCACUGAAGAAAGACACAUUGGUUUGGGGACCAUGACCCGUGUGCACCUUCGCAUCUCACAUGGACCUGGAUGUCAAUUAGAAUUGCAUCAAGAGCCCGAAGUUUCGCAUUUCACAAGUUUUGUUCUGCACUUUUGAACCAGGCUCAGUUCACCGGUUGAGAGCCUUCAUUUCUUUAAGUUAGCUGGGAAAAUAACUUGCUUUCACCUUCCUCACAGUAGCAGCAACUCAUAUUUAAAUUCAAAUCCAUUGUAAGGAUCAUAGUAUUUUCUUUUUUUUUCUUUUUUUUUUCUAUUUAUGUUUGAUUUGUAUUAAAAAAAAUCAUGCUGCAGUUAGGUGAUUCAAAAGUGCAAGCUUAUAUUGAGUCUGUCCUGGUCACUGUUUGCUUUCUUCCCAUAGCACCCCAAACACCGUCACUUCCCAGGCAUGUUUUGCUUGAAAAAAAAAAAAAGAAUAUGAUUCUUCACAAUAGUUGUACAUUACCUCUUUUCGGAAGGGUGAUUCUUGUCGCUCUGCGUUGCCAUUCGACUGUUAGAUAUCAGACAUCGAUAUUUGUGUCACACUACCCACGGCUUUAGUUUUCAGGGGUUAGAGCUGAUUUUAUACGAAGCAAAUUAAUUUGCUAGAAUGUUGAAAGUGUUGCACACACUGUAUGUGUAACGUUCCCUCGGACAUCCUGCUUGCUCACAGUACGCUGUCAUUGUUGUAACACUACAUAGAGCUUGGGGGGAGAGUUUCCUUCAGUCCGAGUUUUCUUGAAUCCUGUAACUUGUUUUAAUUUGAGUCAGGUGAGCCAGACUGGGAGAAUUUUGGAAGGUUCUAUGCUGCUCUGCUUUGUGAUUUGUGUGUUUGUUCCACCUUGAGGUUGAACAGCAGGCUUGUUGUGAAACGAUGAUUAUUCUCACCUCUUUAUGUUACCGGUAAGUUUACAGCAGGUCUUCAAGGUUUUCAUCUUCAAUAAAUGUUCCAACUCAGCCAAGGA